AUGAUUGAAUAUUCUGAUGAUAUAGAAUAUAUUAUAACAGAGCCAGAAGCUUUUGAUUCCACCAAAACUCAUUCGAUCGAGAAUGUCUUAGUAAAUAGUAUUAAUACUAUUUCAAAUAUUUUUGACUAUUUAUACUUUUUUAGAAGUAUUGGGUUGAUAAAGGACACAAAUUUUCUUUAUAGGAAUUUAAAUAAGGGUCAUUGGGGGUCCAAAUUUUGGUCCUUAUCAUUAGUAUUCGCAAUUAAGAAGUCUAUAAAUAAUUGCUGGAAAUUAUUUAAAUAUAAAGUCAAAUUGAAUUUUUAUAUUCAAAAUUUCGACUCCAUCAAAAAUCAGUCAGCUUCACCUGUAAAUGGAAUAAUUCUAAAUAAACUGAAACUAAAAUUAAACAAAAUAAAUUCUUUACUCUUUGAACAUAUGUUUGAAAUUUUACAAAACUUAUUUUACUUCAUAAUAUCAAUACUCGACAUUUUGAAAAAUGUAACUGCCUUCAAUAUACCAAAAGAUAAAUGGGAGCAUUUUAGACAUCUGGUGGAAACUGUAUCAAACUUACUCACGAUAUUCAGAUUCUCCGUCAAUAGUUAUAAUGUUUUAAAAAUAAUUCAUUAA